UGGCCUUUCUGCUGAAUUAAAAGUCGAGAAUUAAUCGAUAGCGCAUUGUACAAAGCAGCUUUACAGGUGUUGGGAAACUUGGAAUCAAACCUGAAAGUGGAAACGCAACCAACGCUCUAAUCCAAUGCUCUGGAAUUUGAUGGAGAAGAGCCAGCGACACUCCCUUCAUGUUUUUACAUAGCUUAAUUCAACUAAAUAACUGAUGGCAUCUAUUUCUCUGUUGUAUUCGUCACAAAUUUGAAAAAAUUUUCAGCAGAAUGAUGGAUUUUAAAUUGUGCAUUCCAAUUAUGUGGAUUAUUAAUUCCAUCAUUUUUGGAUUAUUAAGUCAAGUUCAAGCCUAUGGUGUUUUUCAGCAAGAAAGACAAGAGGUUCGGCUUGAAGAUAUCGUGAAAGAAGGCUAUGAUUCUUUCCAGACACCACCGAAUAAGGGGCAAGCUACAGAUGUUUGUGUUCAGAUCGAUUUCCUGAAUAUACGUUCCGUUGACGUAGUUAAAAUGUCUUAUAUAGCGGAUAUAUUUAUGUACACGACGUGGCAAGACCUGAGAUUGGUCUAUCCGGCAAACAAAACUUUUGACAAGAUAUCCUUACAACCGGAGUGGAGGAAAAGCAUUUGGACGCCUGAUGUGUUCUUCUACAACGCGAUUGAAGGCAAAGUUAUGGAAGCUGUCAUUCCAUAUGUUUUUCUCUGGUUGAAAAAUGAUUCAACAGUAAUAUUUGGUGCCAGGUUGUCUCUGGAACUGAGCUGUGACAUGACUCUUGGUCGUUUUCCUCACGACACGCAGACAUGCGACUUAAUCAUAAAAAGUCUGACACAUACCAUUUCCGAUAUGAAUCUCCAUUGGAAUCCAGUGGAUUCUUUAACAUUAGGAGAUUACAUCAUAUUGCCUCAAUUUGAUUUCUCGACACCUGCACCUGCACUUUGUCCAAAGCAUCAUCUUACAGGAAAGCAUGGUGAAUUCGCCUGUCUCAGAGGUGAGAUUAAUCUCAAAAGACGAUAUGGUUAUUACGUAAUGAACAUUUACAUUCCAAGUAUUCUGAUUGUUUUUAUGUCCAUGCUGACCUUCUGGAUGCCAGUGGAUGCUGUACCAGGAAGAGUGACUCUAGGAGUUACAUCUCUACUUACCAUGAUCACUAAACAGUACCAAGCUGCUCUCCCAAGUGUAUCAUAUGUAGUUGCACUGAAUGUGUUUCUAUCCGUGUGCAUUGCCUUUGUGUUCUGCAGCUUGCUUGAAUAUGCUUUAGUUAUAGCUUUAAGAAGUCAUCAAAGUAGAGUUAUUCCAGAAGCUAAUAAGGGUAGAGGAACAAAUUCAGAUGCUUCACCAGUUUGUUGGGACAGGUUAUGUUCUUACUUUGAAAAUACAGAUGUCAUUCAAAUUGAUAGAUAUUGUAGGAUUCUAUUUCCGUCACUUUAUAUUCUAACUUUGAUCAGUUAUAUAUCAUUUAUAAUGUUUGGUUGAAUCUAGUAUUAUUAAUUGUAAAAAUUAAAAUUUGUUCAAAAUGUCAGAAAUGUCAUAUCUUUUUUUUUAAUAUUUCAAAUGUAAUAUUUCCAAAUAUUUUCAA